CUCAACCCUCCUCUCCGCUUUCGCUAUCUCCUUUAAUUCUCCCAAGUUAAGUUGAAAGAUACGAGAUUUUUGUGUUCCAAGAAGGGCCUAGAGAGGCCAGGGUUUGCAUUUGAUUAAGCACAAGCACAGGUCGCUUCUCCUCUAAAGCCCCUUCUGUUCUCUUCCCUAACCUUGCAAAUACAGCUAACUCCAACUGGGCUUGUUAUCAUUAAAGCUUGAGAAAGCAGCAAAGAAAAACACCAGAUACUUCAAAAGCACCAACACUCACCAAUUCCACUUCCACUGAUAUUUUUGUUUUGCUAUCGAGGUGCUACUUUUUCUGUAUUUUAAAUAUGGCAGAGAGUUUGGAUAACGGUGAGUUUUGGCUGCCUCCUCAGUUUCUCUUAGACGACGAUACAGUAUUUAUGGAAAAGAACACUGUUAAUAACUUGAAGAACUGGAGUGCCAAGGAUGUCUUUGGCUACUCUGAAACUGAGCAUGGAAAGUCUUCGGUCCCAUACGAGUUUCCUUAUGGAUUUGGUUCCUUUGGGUUUUCUUCGGAUCUCAGUUCUCCUGUUGAGUCUUUGGUUGGCUCUACUGAGACAGAGAGUGACGAAGAAGAUUACCUGGCUGGGUUAACUCGCCAAAUGGCUCACUCCACCCUUGAAGAUGAUUUCAAGAGAAACGACCUCCCUUGCGGCACCGAAAAGACCACGGGUUGGGUUUUGUCUGGAUCGCCUCAAUCAACGCUAUGUGCAGUUGGAAGCAGGUGCGGUCGUAGACAAGGGUCUAGCCGUGGAAGCCCGAAUGGGUCUUCACCUCCAGCAACUUGGGAUCUGCUGUACGAGGCUGCAGGGGAAGUAGAGAGGAUGAGAAUGAACAACGAAGAAGGAUGUUGUCUUAACGGCCAAAGUAGAGGACCAUCAGGUCCACCAAAAAAACCCUCUCCAAUCUCUAUUCCGUCGAAAAAUCUCAUCUCCGACGUUAGUCUUUACCAACAGCAGCAGUCCCUUGCUUACCAGAAGUUGCAGGCAUCUCAACAACUGAGACAAGUGAUGCAGCAGCAGCAGCAGGGUGUUUGGGGAGGGCAAAACAACAUUAUGGGGACUGGAGUAUUGUUUCCUCAAAAGCCGCAUCAGACCCAGCCAGUGGUCCAAAACAGAGGGAGGAAUGUUACUUGUGUUGGUAGAGGACCAUUGGGUUUGUCUGCAUCUGCCUGGCCGCCUCUACAAAACAUAACACAGCAACAACAACAUCUCCAACAGCAGAACAACAAUCAUGGUUCGGGCAUGCGGGCUGCUUUCCUUGGUAAUCCUGGAGGGAAAAGGGAAUGUGCUGGUACUGGGGUUUUCUUACCUCGUCAAAUCGGUGCUCGAACUGAAUCUCGCAAGAAGCAAGGGUGUCCCACUGUUUUGCUUCCAGCGAAAGUGGUGGUGGCUCUCAACUUGAAUUUGGAAGGAAUGGGUGCUCAGGCCCAGUUCCAGCCUCGUUUUAAUGGAAGUUUCACAACUGACAGUGAUACCGCUGCUGCAAGGCCUCGCAGCAAUAACAUUCUUUCUCAUCAUCAGAAACAUCGCAAUGGCAGGCCACAACCAGUAAUGAACAACGAAGUCAGCUUACCCUCGGAAUGGACUUAUUGACCCACCAUUUCUUCUGGGUUUUUCACAACUAGUGUUGGUUUUUGUUUUUAGCUAGGAAGCCUAAAUGAAAUUUGGAAGGUUAGAAGAAAAAAGAAAAGAAAUUUGGAUGAUGAUGAUAGAAGGUCACUCUAGGAAAAGAUUGCACAAACAAAAUAGUGAAAGGAGAAGGAAAAAAAGAAAAGAAAUUGAUUCGAUGUUACGGGGUGAUGAAAGAAAGAUGUGAAGAGAUGUUUUUUGGGGUAGAACUAGGAAGAAUAAUUUAAUUUUCUAUUUUCAGGAAGUCAGCAGCAGCUUUUUGUUCGUGUUGUAUGGCUCAAGAGACGAGAAAGUGGACUGGGGAUGCUAUAUUUUGUUGUUUUGAGGGUGGGGGAAGAGGGUGGAACCACGUUCUGCACCGAAAAACACUAUCAUCUUCUCUUUCGAUGAACAUUGGUAUAUCACCAAAUGUUUGUUAGUCCUUCUCUGUAAAAGUUCAUUUCAGCCUGUCCUGUCCACCCGCUCCAAAGCCAUUGAUGAAGUGAUUAAAGAAUAUAUUUUUUUUCAA